AUGCUUCACCCAACAGCUCAAGAUAUCUCCUACUGGCAGGCACACCUUGGCGAUGACCGAAGAUCAUGGUUUGUGGGGCUUAAUGCGACUUUUUUAGUCCUUGCGUACGUGGCUGUAAGCUUGAGAUUUUUAUCGAGAUUGAAGAUUGGAACGAAGAUUGGGCUGGAUGAUUGGCUAAUUUGUUGUGCGGCGGUGAAAUUCCAGACUUCAUUAAUCGCGCAAACUUUCUACAACCUCUGUACGCCAACUAUCAAGCUGUCGAUACUCGCACUUUACUCUCGCAUCUUUUGCCGUACGCAUGGCUGGUUCACGCCAACUCUUUACCUCACCGCUAUCUUCGUCUUUCUGUACACCGUGCCACAAUGCUUUGCAUACAUAUUUCAAUGCGUACCAAUCGAAAGCCUGUGGAAGGAUCUAGGCCCGGGGGGGAAGGUGUAUUGUAUCAAUUUCCAGGCUGUAAUCGUGACCUUUGGCAUCGUCAACAUCCUAACCGACUGGUGGAUCCUUGCCCUCCCCGUUCCCGUUGUCAUCGGCCUUCAACUGGAGCGUAGGACAAAGUGGUCCAUCUGCACUCUCUUUCUGCUUGGAGGAUUCGUCUGUGUCAUCAGUAUCAUCCGGUUAAUCUACGCCAGGAAAGUGGAGACCGCAGAUCCAAGUUGGGACUAUGUUCCUAUCUCCCUUAUCAGCACCAUAGAAUGCAGUUCCGGUAUCCUUGCAGCCUGCAUGCCGACCUGGCGUCCCCUAUUCAAAUUCCUCCGGCAUGGCAUCGGAUCAUACUUUUCUAAUGGCAACAAUAAAUCC